ACCGUUUCCUGUCAUACAGCACCUCAGAAAAUAAGGUUGAAACAAUGGAAGACCUCUAUGUGGCAAACACAAUUUUUGCCCUCAACUUCUUCAAGCAUCUGGCAAAUACCAGCUCUACCCAGAAUCUCUUCUUCUCUCCAUGGGGCAUCUCCUCCACCAUGGUUAUGGUCUACCUGGGCGCCAGAGGCGACACCGCGGACCAGAUGGCCAAAGUGCUUCAGUUUCACAAAAUGAGAGUCCACGACGUCACCCCAGUGACCCCAGCGAUUGCCACCGGUUGUGAACUCAAGCAGCAGAUCCAGAAGGCCACUUAUCCUGAUGUUAUUUUGAAGGCACAAGCUGAAGAUACAAUCCAUUCAUCCUUCCGUUCUGUCAUCUCUGCAAUCAACGCGUCCACAGGGGCUUAUGUAUUGGAAAGUGCCAAUAAGCUGUUUGGAGAGAAGUCUGAGGGAUUCAAGGAAGAAUACAUACGACUCUCUGAGAAAUAUUAUUCUACAGAACCCCAGGCAGUCGACUUCCUAGAAUGUGCAGAAGCAGCCAGAAGAAAGAUUAAUUUCUGGGUCAAUACUCAAACCAAAGGCAAAAUUCCAAACUUGUUACCUGAAGGUUCUGUAGAUCCGGAGACCAGGAUGGUUCUGGUGAAUGCCGUCUACUUCAAAGGAAAGUGGAAGACUCCAUUUGAGAAGAAAUUAAAUGGGCUUUAUCCUUUCCAUGUGAACUCGACUCAGCAUAAACCUGUACGAAUGAUGUACUUACACGAAAAGCUGAACAUUGGCUACAUCGAAGACCUAAAGACUCAGAUUCUAGAACUCCCAUACACUGGAGAUGUCAGCAUGUUCCUUUUGCUUCCAGAUGGAAUUGCUAACGUGUCUACUGGCCUGGAGUCGCUGGAAAGUGAAAUAACUUAUCACAAACUCGACAAGUGGCUCAGCAAAGACACGAUGGCUGAAGAUGAUGUUGAGGUAUACAUCCCCCAGUUCAAAUUAGAAGAGCACUACGAACUCAAAUCCAUUCUGAGAAGCAUGGGCAUGAAGGACGCCUUCAGCAAGGGCCAGGCCGAUUUCUCAGGGAUGUCGGAAGGGAACAACCUGUUUCUGUCCGAAGUGUUCCAUCAAGCCACUGUGGAUGUCAAUGAGGAGGGCACUGAAGCCUCUGCUGGCACCGGGGCUAUUAUGUCAGGGAGAACUGGCCACGGAGGUCCACAGUUCGUGGCAGAUCAUCCUUUCCUCUUCCUUAUAAUGCACAAAAUAACCAGGAGCAUCCUCUUUUUUGGCAGAUUCGCCUCACCCUGAAAUUGAAGGGUUCUGUUUCCGUAAAGGAUUUUGGAGUAAGAGCUAUAAGCCUCAGAAUUGCUAUAAGUACUAAAAAUUAGAGGCUUUAUCUGUAUAUUUCUGUUUUCCCGAACAACUUCUACUACACACUAGAUAUAAUACAGAAAUAACUAGACAAUUGUCAAUUAUAACAUAACAACCCUAUGAAUUGUUUGGUUUCUUAAAAUGGGAUGAUGUUCCAUUUUGUUCUUCCUUAC